AUGCGCCGCCUCGACUGGAAAUUCUACCCUCACCUUUUCGACACCAUCCUCACCCACGUCCUGGAAGAUGCCUCUGCCGAAGCCUACGUCGUGCACGGUAUACCCGCACCCACCGCAGGUGACUCACUCUUGCGUGCCUUGCGCUUGACGAAUCACGCUAUCCGGGACGCCAUCGACCGACGUAUUGACAACCACGCCGUUGCUCUUCUUCAGCCUCGCGUAUUGUAUACAUUCGUUGGCAAGGUCAAGCUAUACAAGAAUCCUGAGACGGUGGCACGUGCUCGUGUCCUCGACGUUCACCCGGGCUCCGCCAGCAAGGUGGCGCCUGCCCACCGCUAUCGCUCAAAAUUCAAGUUCUCGGGGGCCAAAUACGCACGCGUGUUCUCUGAAUCUUGUGAGGAGGUACUCGACAGGAUCAUUGGUCAGAACUCGCAGGACCUAACGGUCAUCUACCCCGUUCUCGAAUUCCAAUCAUACCGAGAGCGUCGCAUCGGCUCUACCCAAAUCAAAGUCACUCGCACCAUCACCUUGCUCCCGGUCAACUUGGGAUCGCGAAAUCAGAGCAGGACCUGGGUUAAGCCAAAGUCGGAGGGGGACGCAGAGCAUCUGGCUGUCUUUCUGGCCGCGCCCGGCGCCGACACCCUCACCCAAUCGGACGACAUUUAUGAGUAUCCGAUGGCCCAGUUCCGGCACGGCCUCAUGACUCUCGCCUACGACAUGAUUUCAUCAGCCCGGAAGCUUGCUCCUGGCAGAGUCGCCACCGUAGGACUCUUGGAAAGUAUCCGGGCAUCUGCUCCUCAGGGCUCCAACUGCGCCGAGUGGUAUACCUCAUUUGAAGAUCUCGCCUUCGGCAACUCGUCAUUAAUGGGCGCCCUGCAUGCCCACCGCUACAGUUGGGAAGAAUGGCGCGAUCAGCUCUCACAGGAAGAGUGGAGUCUCAUAGAGUCGAUUCCCGGGGUUUGCUGGGAUACAUACACCGUGCACAGCAAUGAGUAA